AGGGAAAGAGAAAGUGUGAAUGUAUGUAUAUAUGUUGCAUUGGAUCCUUCGCUGAAGUGGGUUUCAAAAAGCCUCUCUCUUCUUCAACCUUCUCUCUCUCUCUCUCACUCAUCUCAAUUUUCAUCUAGAACACUAGUGGCUUGAGAGCUACAGUCCAAACAAGUUGAAAGAGAGAAAUGAAAUGAUAUUGGCCAGUAGUUACACUAAAUAAAAAAUCAAAAAAUGAAGGCGAUGUGGUGAUUCUAUACAUCUGAGGAAGCCAUUCGCCUUUCUCUUCUCUCUUAGAGUUCUCAGUCUAUAUAUUAUUCUUGUUGUCGUUUUGUUUUGGUUGCAUCUUUGGCCCAAUUCUUGUCUUUUCAAUCGUUUUCUCUUCAUGUUCUCGAAAUUCAAAUCUUAUUCAAUUAUGGGUGUGUCCGGUUCCGAAAUGUUUCUCUCUGAUGAGAAAGAUCUAAAUUCUUUGGAAUUAAAUUUCUUGGCAAAACCAAGACCAAGAGUACCAGCCUUACAAUUUCAUCAAGAUCACGACCGUCACAACAAUAUUGCAACUUUGCAAAAUGCCGAGCUUUGUGAAGAGAAAGAUAAAGCAAAAGAAGAGAAACAUCAAGAAGAUAAAUGCAAGGGUUUUGCACCUUCUUUGAAGAUACAAUUGCCUUCUCUAGGAGAAUUCAAGGUUGAAGAAGACGGUGAUGGUUUCAAGACUCCGACAUCUUUGGAUCACAAAAUCCCAGUGAUCCUUCAAUGUCCACCUGCACCAAGAAAACCAAAAUCACGUCCAUUGCCAAAGAGAAAAUUGCCACACCAACGAAGAAUUUUUCACGAUCUGUCAAAUGAGAUUGAAGCUUUGUUUCCUCCAGCUCUUCGAGCAGAUCUCGGAAAGAAGAUUAAGAAAGUUAGACAAGAAACUCAACCUAACUGAUGCUCAUUAUCGACGGUUCGUGUAUGCUCCUCUGUGAAAAAGUUAUUUCUUUCCUUAAUUACUUAUCUUUCUGUCUAAUUUUCAUGUAAAACGGCAGUUGGAAUUGGUACUAUCAAUGCUUUAUAUGCUAAAUCUUGUUCGUAUGUUUCCACAUUUA